UGUUAUUGCAAUUCCGGUGCCUGAGUUCUAUUUUCUAUUAAUACUUCAGAAAGCCGAAUGCUAAAGGGAUUUCCACAAUUUCUUAACAGAUAUCGAGAAAUAAACCGAAGAGGAAAGUAAUGAAGAACCACGUGAAGGGAGUUAAAACAUUGAAGGGCAGGCCAAACCAUACGAGAUGCUCUUAACUCAGUGUGCUUCUAUAAGGAGAUAAAAUGCGCUUGUAUUAUUUCUACCUCAGAAAACCAAAUGCUGAGAGGAUCUUGACAAUUUCUUAACAGAUACUGAGGUCAUCUAUCAAGGGUAUGGAAACAAAAAAUGCAACAGAGCUGACAGAGUUCAUUCUCACAGGACUUACACAUCAACCAGAGUGGCAGAUCCCCCUGUUCCUUCUGUUCUUGAUGAUAUACCUCAUCACCAUUGUGGGAAACCUUGGUCUAAUCGCUCUCAUCUGCAAUGACCCUCACCUUCACAUCCCCAUGUACUUAUUCCUUGGGAAUCUGGCCUUUGUGGAUACUUGGUUAUCCUCCACAGUGACCCCCAAAAUGCUGCUCAACUUCUUUGCCAUGAGCAAAAUGAUCUCUCUUUCUGAAUGUAAGAUACAAUUUUUUUCCUUUGCAAUUUGCGUAACCACAGAAUGUUUUCUGCUGGCAACAAUGGCAUUCGAUCGCUAUGUGGCCAUAUGCAAACCACUGCUUUAUCCAGUGAUCAUGACCAACAGACUAUGUAUCUUGCUGUUAGUUUUGUCAUUUUUAGGUGGCCUCUUCCAUGCCAUAAUUCAUAAUGCUUUUUUACUCAGAUUAACCUUCUGCAAUUCCAUCAUAGUACAUCACUUUUAUUGUGACAUUAUACCAUUGUCUAAGAUUUCCUGUACUGACCCUUCCAUUAAUUUUCUUAUGGUAUUCAUUUUUGCUGGAUCAAUACAGGCAUUCACCAUUUCCAUUGUUCUUGUCUCUUAUACACUUGUUCUCUUUACGAUCUUAAAAAAGAAGUCUCUACAAGGAAUAAGGAAGGCCUUCUCCACCUGUGGAGCCCACCUCCUGUCUGUCUCUUUAUACUAUGGGCCUCUUCUCUUCAUGUAUGUGCUCCCUGGAUCUGCACAAGAAAAUGAUCAGAAUAUGAUGGACUCUCUGUUUUACACUGUCAUAAUUCCUUUCUUAAAUCCAAUAAUUUACAGCCUGAGAAAUAAGAAAGUCAUAGACUCACUGACAAAAAUGUUAAAGAGAAAUGUUUCGAUAACAUAUUAA